GUUAAAAACCAGACUCACACUCUCAAUUUGGUACGCCACUGCUGUAUGAUAAGAGUUAACUUCAACAAACACGUUUUUGAGCCAGUAUGAACAAACGAAUCAGUUGAUUACUUUUAUUAGGCAUAUUUUUCGAAAUCGUACCCAAUUCAAUAAUACUGAGCGCUGAUUUUAUCAUGGCAAGCCGAACUUUGGGAAAAAUGUUAUACUCUGGUAUACAAUCCAACCUCAAACGUAAUCACGAUGUUUUCCACAAAAUGAAAAUUCGAUCCUUCAGUUCUGCUAUAGAUGACUUUGAGAAUAUAAGGAUCUCCAAGGCAGGUGCUAGUAAUAAUAUUGGUAUUAUUGAACUCCACAGACCUAAAGUUCUUAAUGCUCUGAACACUGCCUUACUAUUGGAAGUAUCCAAGGCUUUGGAUCAGUUUGAAGUUGACUCCUCCAUUGGCGCUAUCAUAUUGACCGGAAACGAGAAAUCUUUUGCAGCAGGAGCAGAUAUCAGAGAAAACGCAUCGACAAUCUACACCCAAUGUUUCAAACCAAAUUUUAUGGGUGAAUGGUCCAGAAUUACUCAAACAACUAAACCAAUCAUUGCAGCUGUGAACGGGUAUGCUUUCGGCGGUGGGUGCGAACUUGCCAUGAUGUGUGAUAUCAUUUACGCCGGCGAAAAAGCCAAAUUUGGUCAACCUGAAAUACUUCUAGGAAUAAUUCCUGGAGCUGGAGGGACUCAACGAUUGCCAAGAUUUGUAGGAAAAUCCAAGGCUAUGGAAAUGGUUCUCACAGGAAACCCCAUUUCUGCCCAAGAAGCCCAACAAAUGGGAUUAGUGAGCAAAGUUUUUCCAGUAGAUAAACUUCUGGAGGAAUCUAUAAAAUUAGGGGAGAAAAUAGCAAGUAACUCCCAGAUAACCAAUAUGAUAGCCAAAGAGUGUGUAAACAUAGCAUUCGAAACAACACUCAAAGAAGGACUUCAUUUCGAGAAAAGAAUGUUCCAUGGGACAUUUGCAACCAAAGACCAGAAGGAAGGAAUGGCAGCAUUUAUAGAGAAGCGAAAACCGAAUUUUACCAAUGAGUGAUGUCAUUCAAGAUGAAUAAUAAAAAACUAUUAUCUUUAA